UAUUUAAGACUAGCUUAUUCAAGUACUGAAAGCCACAUUGUAGAUCUUGAUCACAACAGCUCUAUCAUUUUCCCUUCAGUGUCAAUCAAAUUUUGUAGUUAUUUCUAUUGGUAUCUUAUAUUUAUGGACAUGUUCAAAUCUUCUAAUAAACCAGUAACAUCAAAAUUUCAAUGUGUGGUGAUGCAGCGGGUAGCUCCGGGGAAAUCAAGUAAAUCCUCAGUUGCGCUGGUUUCGGUUGAUAACCCCAGGAAUGUGGCCAAGGUUACUUCAACUUCUCGUAAUCUACCAGCACCGGAAAUGGCAUCAUCGAAGCAGAAGUCCCAUUCGCAGCGAGCCAUAAAAAUAGCGAUCGUAAGGCCAAAAACAGUGGGUGUGUCCGUUCGGAACUCAAAUUCCUCUCCAAGACCGCCAACCUCCCGAAGCACUGGCAGCACCAGGAGCACUGCAUCCAGUAGGACCCAGCAGUUCUUCCUCCACCUAAGGUCUUCGAAUGGCGUGUACCGUCGCUCCAAGCAUGGCGUCUUCGACUACCAUCUGUCCCCGUUGGAGGAGACGGUGUUCGACCAAAGCACGGUGUAUCCCAUGAAAUCCGUGCCAGCCGUGGAGCUCCAGCUGCUGCGCAAUGGUCAGCGGAGCACCUACCUAGAGAGGCGAUACGAACGCAGCCCGGACGACAAGUACAACUACCCCGAGGCCACCAGCUGGCGGUACGGCUGGUUCCACCGCGAGUCCGAUCCCUUCCAGAAACGAAUACCCAGGCGAGAUUAGAAUAGCCUGUAGUAUAGCUUUUAUUCGCGGAAGCUGUAGGUAAUAAAAAUGCAAUAAAUCAAAAGUAACAAUG